AUGAGCUAUCCGGAGGGCGUUGCCGCAGGAAUGCCGGCCGCGCUGAUCCCCACGCAAAAGCUUCCGCCGAGAGCGGACUCGGCCCAAGCUCAGGUCAUGCUGUCGAGCUUCCCGCCGCUGGGUCAAGUUACCAAGGCCUCUACCGCGGAUGGAGAGUUCUCUUUCAUCGUCUGCCUCCAGGUCCAUCGCGCCCUCGCAGACAGGCCUUGGCAGGUGGCUCUAUCUUGCACCGAUCUGGGGAGAGCCGACUGGCACGAUGUUCUCCUGGAUUCGGCGGCCCCCGAGAACACACCUGUGUCUCUAAGCGCCCCCGACCCGAUCACUGCCCCCAUGUACUUCACCGCAUCCUCCACCGUGCACGCUGCUACGAGCUUCACGCUCAAAUAUCGGGGGUCGCCUGAUCUCCCAUGGCGUGAGGCACGGGAAGAUCUACUCAUGCAAGACGGUAUCAUGCUGCCCCUGGCGUCUUCAAGUCUCCCUGAUAGCCUACGGGGAGAUAUCCUCCAAGACCUAUGCCUCGACGCGACUGUCAAGCCCGUCAUGAGCCAGACCCCGGCUACCAACUUGUGGGUGAUAGAGGCACCCGUCUCAGGGUUGGGUACCAGCAGCAGCGACCAAUCCGUGAUUUCUGAUGUCGACCUAGGUCUGCCUUGGAACGGGGCAAUUCUGAGGUGGUUCGCUUUGGUACGGAUAUGGAGCCCCUGGCUCGCUCCACGCCAUGGAAAGACCCAGUUCGCAGUCCAGGAGGAUGUUGUCGUGUCUGCAUUCUUGGACCACCAUGGAAGGCAUCUUGUCAUCCUCCCAAUUAGCGACUCGGCCUACGUCACCGCCGUCCUACGUAGCAGCGUUGAUGGCCGAGUUGUUCUUCAUGCCCGAUGUGACAGUAUCGGCGAUACCACUGCCAAGAUCGUGGCCGCGGUGGGAGAAAGCUUCGAGAAUACUCUAGCUGCGUGCAUGUACCACGCUCGAGAGAUUGUACAAGCACAUGCGACGCAGCACUACAGCAAAUCCGAUCUUGUUGAUACCCCAACUCCAGCGGGAGAUGUGCGUCCAGACUGGAUGGAAGACUGGUAUGAUGGUCUGGGAUUCUGCACCUGGAAUGCCCUUGGGCAACACCUGACUGAGGAUGUAAUUCUCCGGGCCCUGGACACACUCGCUGAGAAGAACAUCCAAAUCCGCAAUCUGAUAAUCGAUGAUGGCUGGCAGGAUAGCCAUCCGAGUGAGAAUGGGCAGUUCCAGUCUGGCCUGAAUGGAUUUGAAGCGUCGCCCACAAAGUUCCCUCGGGGACUGAAGGCCUUGGUAUCAGCAAUACGCUCUAGGUAUUCUCACAUACAGCACGUGUCGGUAUGGCACGCCCUUUUGGGCUACUGGGGCGGUGUUGCGCCCGGCGGCGAGAUAUCACGCUCGUACAAGACUGUCGAGGUCUUGCGCAAAGAAGCCAAGCGCAGAAACUUUCCUAUGGGUGGAAAGAUGACGGUUGUGGCCAAAGACGACGUCGACCGCUUCUACGACGACUUUUACAGUUUUCUAGCUUCCUGCGGGGUCGAUGGUGUUAAAACCGACGCCCAGUUCGUGCUCGAUACAUGGGUGGGCUCGGCCGCUCGGCGGGAACUCACCGACGCCUACCUAGAUGCCUGGACCAGCGCAUCGCUCCGCCGAUUCGGGAACAAGACAAUUUCGUGCAUGUCCCAAGUCCCUCACUUCAUAUUCCACUCUCAGAUGCCUCGUCACAGACCGGCCAUACCUGUGCGGAAUUCGGACGACUUCUUCCCGGAGAUACCAGCCUCUCACCCCUGGCAUGUCUGGGUCAACGCGCACAACAGCCUGUUUACACAGUACCUGAACGUGGUGCCGGACUGGGACAUGUUUCAGACAUCACACAGCUACUCGGGCUAUCAUGCCGCCGCUAGGGCCAUCAGCGGAGGUCCCAUAUACAUAACAGACGUGCCAGGCCAGCAUGACAUGGAGCUGCUUUCUCAGCUGACCGGCGUGACUCCUCGAGGCAAGACUGUCGUAUUCAGACCAAGCGUCUUCGGCAAGAGUAUUGACGCCUAUGUUGACUACAACGACGAUUCGUUGCUCAAAGUGGGCAGCUAUCACGGCGAUGCGAGGACUGGCACGCCAAUAAUGGGCGUGUUCAACGUCGCGGCAAGGUCCAUGACCGAUAUCAUUCCCUUAAAUAUGUUCGCUGGGGUCAGAUGUCAGAACGCAUAUGUCGUACGUGCCCAUACCACAGGGCGUCUUACUGGGCCAAUGCAGCCUAAUUCGCUGCCCUCGACGCUCAGCGUCUCCCUCGAAGAAAGGGGAUACGAAAUCUUGACUGCCUUCUCUCUAUCAACUUUCGUAUCACCUAGCGGGGCUCAGCUGUAUGUGGCACCCUUGGGACUCCUGGGGAAAAUGGCAGGUGCUGCGGCUCUGGUGUCGAGCGACAUCGAGCUGGAGAAUGGGCGCGUCAUCCUCGACAUCCGCGUCAAGGCACUUGGGACUAUAGGAGUAUACAUCUCCAGACUGCCCGAGAUAGACAUCGGAGACGACAGCAUCGCAAUGAUCCAGGGGACAGUAAUUCCUCAGGAAACAGUUGCUGUCUCCGAGCAGGAUGAUCAUGUCCUGGCGGUUGACCUCGCAACCGCUUGGUUCAAAAUGGGGUUGGAUAAUGGUUGGAGUAACGAGGUGCAGCUGAUGCUAUACAUCGGCAUCGGAAAGCUGGGCUCGAGUACGGCUGCAUAGAGGCAGGACGAUUUCACCCGGGUGAAGGACUUGAUGUUGUUUUAUACAUGUGCUUGUUCUCCGUGUUAGUAAGGCUGCACUUUAUCUCGACCCACUAAUCAUGGUGGGCCACUUACGCUUGCGCGGUGCCCGACUCCAAUAGGAAAUGGAAUGGAAGAAAAAAGAAACGACAAAGGCCGACAAAAAUAACAACAACAGUAACAGGAACGUUGUUUUACGCGCACAUGAGUCGGCAGUGAGGUGCAGGGUAUACAAUAACAUACCCACCCUAGUAGGCG